AUGGGUAAUCUUCAAUUCUUCAAGUUUCUUCUUGUUUUUGCUUUUCUUUGGUUGUUCAAACUAGCCAUAGCGCAGGAACCUCCAAGCGGCUUCAAUGGGUUCGAGAGGGAUGCUCUGUACGCUCUCAAAGCCGAACUUAACCACCCUUUCCUCAACCACAACUGGAUUCGCCUCAUGUGCUAUAUGAACAACACACCAGUCUGGUAUGGCAUACAAUGCUUGAAUGGUCGAGUCACCGGAAUAGUUUUGGAGAGUUUGGGGCUAACCGGAAAAAUCAAGGUUGAUGCACUUGUCAACCUCACUCAGCUGUCCAUACUUAGCUUCAAGAACAACUCAAUAUCAGGGAACAUGAUGGACUUCUCAAACACUCAGAAGUUGAGGCAAAUUGACUUGUCAAGCAACAAAUUUGAUGGGCCAAUUUCGGAUUCACUUGUGAGACUUGAUUUCUUGGAGUCAUUGCAGCUCCAAGACAACAACUUAACUGGUUCAAUCCCGGGGUUCAAUCAGUCUAGCUUGAGACAGUUCAAUGUAUCAAACAACCAUCUCUCUGGACCAAUACCAGACACUAAAGUUCUUCAAUCAUUCGACAAUUCAUCAUUUUCUGGUAACCAAGAUUUGUGUGGUCCAACCUCUUCCACUCCCUGCAGCAACAAUGAUACGUCGACUUCUAAAAAAGGUGGUUCUUCACAUUUGGCGAGACUUUUGAUUGUUGUUGAUGUUGUUGGCCUAGUAGUCAUUUUGUUGCUCCUCAUUUUUUACUGCAAAAAGUCUAGGAAGCUUAAGGAAAUGAAGAAGAAAAAUAGCAUUGUAGAUGGGGAAGUAGAGAGGAAUGUGAUGGAUGAAAAGAGCAUUGUAGAUGAAGAUGUGGAGAAGGAUGAGAAAAAGAUAGAGGCAAAAGAAAAGGGAGUGGUUGAGGGAGAAGAGAAUGGAAAGCUCAUUUUCUUGGACAAUGAAGCCGGUUUUGAACUCGGCGAUCUGCUAAAAGCUUCAGCUGAGGGAUUGGGUAGAGGGAAUUUUGGGAGUUGUUACAAGGCCAUUCUUGGUGAUGGACGAGCCAUUGUUGUGCAGAGGCUAAAGGACUUAACACCCUUGAACAGUAACGAAUUCGCAAAACAAUUGCAAGUGAUUGCUAGUCAAAAGCACCCAAAUUUGUUACCUCUUCUUGCUUACUUCUUUUCCAAAGAUGAGAAGUUGUUGUUAUACAAAUUUGCAUCAAAUGGAAACUUACACAAUCGCAUUCAUGGAGGAAGAGAGACCAAGGACCGGAUCCCAUUCCGAUGGAGCUCAAGAUUAUCCGUCGCUCGCGGUGUAGCUCGAGCUUUGGAGCACCUACACCUUAAUAGUACCUCCAAAUCAUCACAAGCCACAGUCCCUCAUGGCAACUUGAAAUCCUCCAAUGUCCUACUUGACAACAACCAAACGGUACUUGUCACCGGCUAUGGCCUCACUUCCCUCUUAGUCUCUCCUAUCGCGGCCCAACGCAUGGUUUCAUACAAAUCACCCGAAUAUCAAAGCUAUAAGAGAGUUUCCAAGAAGUCAGAUGUGUGGAGCUAUGGCUGCCUCCUCCUUGAACUCUUGACAGGGAGAGUAUCAGCUCACUCGGCCUCAGAAGGAGCGAACUGUGUGGAUCUUAUCAAAUGGGUUGUCCGGGCAGUCAGAGAGGAAUGGACGGCUGAGAUUUUCGACGUGGAAAUCACUGUGCAUGGAAGUGCCAAUAAUGGGAUGCUGAGACUGCUACAAGUUGCCAUGCAGUGCUGCGAAAAGUUGCCGGAAAAGCGGCCAGAUAUGAGUGAGGUGGUGAAAGAGUUUGAGAAUAUAAAGGUGAUUGAGUCCUCGGAGGAUGAUGAUGAGUUGUCCUUUGAUCCAUCAUUCACUGAUGAUUCUAUAUCUGAAACUCUAUCUCAUAUUGCAUGA